GAGCACCCCUCAACUUGUACCACUAAUCUCUUGACCCUCUUAAUUCUCCUUUUUUUACCAUUAAUUAUUAAGUGCUAAUCAUAUGGUGAUGAUGAACAAUUUUGCUUCUUUCAGUAAGAAACUUGAUUUGUAUAGUGAUUCCCCUAACAGAUCACGCACCAGCACCUUAUUUCGCCACUUACUCUUUCGUUCUAACCCUCUUUUCAUCCAGCUUACUUACUUCUUAACCAUAUCGUUGGUGGGUUACUUGGCUUUGAGUGUAUUCACAAAGCCAAGAACUUCUCAACCUUUGAUCCCCAAACAGUUAGAUCUGUUCUAUACUUCUGUGUCAGCAACUACUGUUUCAAGCAUGUCAACCAUCGAAAUGGAGGUUUUUUCCAAUUCCCAGCUUAUUAUUCUCACCAUUUUAAUGCUAUUGGGUGGAGAAGUCUUCGUUUCCAUGCUAGGAAUCCAAAUAGAAAGGUCUAAAUUGCCCAAACACCAAACCACAGCAGUAGAUCCCACCAAAAUCGAGCUACAUAGCAUCUCAAAUGCCGCAUGUCCAGAUAAUAAUAAUGAUCGUUAUUCUAACAAUCUCUUAGACAUCGACAUUAAUAAUGAAUCUCUAAAAAAUAACUCUAUUAAGUAUUUGGGUUAUGUGGUUUUGGGGUAUUUGGUAUUUGUUCAUCUAGUUGGUUCUGCCUUACUUUCUUCAUACAUAACUCUAUCUUCUUCAGCAAGUAAAGUACUAAACACCAAAGGCAUCAAAACACAAACAUUUUCAGUGUUCACCAUAGUUUCAACCUUCGCAAACUGUGGAUUCGUUCCCACAAACGAAAACAUGAUUGUUUUCAAAAAAAAUUCAGGGAUCUUGCUCAUCCUCAUUUCUCAAAUCCUUUUAGGUAACACUUUGUAUCCAGUGUGCCUUCGUUUAGUAAUUUGGAGUUUGGGAAAGAUAACAAAGAGAAGAGAGUUUGGUUACUUGUUAAGAAACUGUAAGGAAAUAGGGUAUGACCAUCUGCUGUCUAGUGUUCGUUCAACACUUCUUGGGUUGACUGUGGUUGGGUUCAUAAUGGUACAACUCGUGCUAUUCUGCUCUCUGGAGUGGAAUUCUGAAGCCAUGGAUGGUAUGACAUUGUAUCAGAAAUUCGUGGCUGCUUUGUUUCAGGUUGUCAAUUCCAGGCAUGCAGGGGAAUCAGUAGUCGAUAUAUCCACUAUUUCUUCUGCAAUCUUGGUGCUCUUUGUCAUCAUGAUGUAUCUUCCUCCAUAUACUUCCUUCCUCCCCAUAAACUACAAAGAUCAACAAAAGAAGAUUUUGUCACAUGACAAUAAUAACAGUAUUGGUGGAAGAAAGAGUUUAUUGGAAUGCUUCAUGUUCUCACCACUCUCUUAUUUAUCCAUCUUUAUAAUUCUUAUUUCUAUAACGGAGAGAAAAAACAUGAAGGACGAUCCCCUCAACUUCAAUGUCUUAAACGUUAUCAUCGAAGUAAUAAGUGCAUAUGGUAAUGUUGGCUUCUCAACUGGCUAUAGUUGUAAACGACGACUCCAUCAAGGAGGUGACUGUGUAGACAGGUGUUAUGGCUUUUCUGGGAAAUGGAGUUCUCAAGGAAAGUUUAUCUUAAUCAUUGUCAUGUUUUUUGGAAGACUUAAAAAGUUUAGUUUGAAAGGUGGUAAAGCUUGGAAGUUGUCUUAACUAAUUAAUUAGCUCAAAAUGUUACUGCCUUUAUGUAUUAGUUAAACUUUUAUAUUAAACUAUGAAAUAUUAUUGUGAAUGUUAGAAAAUAAAUUUACAAGUGUCAGCCCCAGUUAACUUAUUCUGUCCUUAGUGUCCUACUUUGUAGGAUUCAUUGUGAAAUCAUAUUAUAAUAAUUGUUGCAUUUAAUUUUGUUAUAA